CAAAUGCAUGCGAAAGAACCGUUGCAAAAGCUGUGCAUGAGUGUGUGUGGGCGCAUGCCAUGAAAAGUUAAUUUAAAUGCAUUCAGUUUUAUGUGGUGCGAAACAAUUGAAAAUGAUUUACAUGGAUGAGGUAAAGUGUCACAUUUGCAAACGCAUCUUCUGCUGCGCCAAAUGCCGCCAAAAGCAUCAAUUUAAUACACACGCCAUUGCUGUGAGCCAAAAAGUGCCGACCGAUAAUCAAAUGAUGCAACACGAUGCCGAAGGCGACAUCGCCCACAAUGAUGUACCACAAGCUACAACCACGAUCUAUGUAUUCUGCCCGAUCUGCGAGCAAAAAACCGCUGACGCUGCACAAGGAAAUCUACGCUGAACUCUUGGCGCACAUUGAAAGUGUUCAUUUGCCGUUGCGUUGCCGCAAAUGCUUGCGACACUAUACAAAAAUUGAUGAUCUACUUGAUUUUAGCAAAUGUGUCAAUUUGUCACAGAAUUGUAGCAGCAGUAGCAGUAACAGCAGCAGCAUAGAUACAAAUCAGUCGUGCGAUACAGACGCCUCCAAAAUAACUGUGAAGAAGGCAAUGGCUACAGUGGCGUCCAAUACAAUCUCCACACAAACAUCGCCUUGCACUGGAAAAGAUUUGAAUGACACACAACAACACUAUCAACGCCAUCUAACGCCUAUCUCGUUGUUCAAUUUGCGUUGGAAAGCCAAAAGUCGCCUCACCCAGGAGGAAUUCAUCAGCGACAGCGUUUCAUCCAUACGCAAUCUAUCCACCGAUAGCGUUAAUUUAUCUUUACAGCGCCGCAGCAUUGGACAGCUAACUGUUGCUAGUGCUGCUGCUACUGCAACAAAUGGUAAAGUCAUACGCUCAACAUCAACGCCGCUGCAGGUUUGCAGCAUGUUCGCCAAGCCCAAGGAGGCCGCCACGUUCAAUGCCUCUGGCGGUGGCGGCGGCGCUGCUCACUUGUCCAGCAUCUAUCACAGUGGUUAUGUACCGGAUGAGCAGAAUACACCAGCGCCGCCAGACAGUAGCCAAAUGCCACAACAGCGUGCCUGGAAGGUUGGCGGACGUGGCAAAAUGAGCGCGGUGACGCCGCUGCGUCAGGUCAUGUCGAAAAGCAUACAAAAGGCAUUUGUGGAGCUGGCCACCGGAGGCAGCAGCCAUCCAGCACAAGCUCAGCGACUAGAUUUAAGUGAAGCGAAUGCCCCGUCAGAUGCUUUUGGUGCUGCUUUGGAUCUGCGCUUGUCGCCGGUUGUGCGACGCGCCGAGCAGAGCAUGGCAAGCUCAGAAGCAGAACCAGCAGCAGCUACUGAAGCUGAAAUAGCUGACACAGCUGCCACAGAACCCUAUCAGAUACUGUUAUCCGCACAAAAGUUGACCACCGAAUCGAUCAUCAUUACACGCACUCAACACGGCGCCAGUGUCAGCAAUUCGCUGCCCGUUACUGCCUCCACAACAAAUGGGCGCACCACUAGCACCGUUUACAAUUCCUGCGAGAGUGUUGCGAUAAUCACUUCAUCGAGUAGCAAUAUACAGCAACUAACAAAUGCUGGCGCUGCUUGCGAGAUGCCACCCAUUACGCCAAUUACUAGCAUACCCGGCGCCGUUAUCACCAAGAAGCUCAUCAAAUUCGAGACGCCGCAAAAGAGCAUAGAACUGGAAACGGGACAAGCUGGCGAUGAAUCGCUGCAAGAGGACAGGGAAAUAUUUUAUACACCCAAUCCGGGCAGCCAACCGGCCAGUCCAAGUGUAGACAACAACAGUAGCACCAAGGAUCGUAGACGUCAGCAGAUUGUGCCACGCCAGCUAAGUGGUCAAUUCUCUAACAACAACAACGGCUCGCCAAAAGAACAACGAACUUUGGGCCCGGUCAAGCGACCACUUGGACCACGAGCACGGCCACCAUUGCGAGCUUGUCAUCAUCAAAAGACCUUUAGCUGUGUGCAGGAUGUGCCGAGCGACAAUGAGUACGACGACGAGGAAGUUUUCUUGCCCAACAGCGCAUCCACUCACAAUGACAAUAAGAAGCGCGCUGCAUCAUCAUCGAAUGCCGAGCCAGGACGUCUCUGGUCUCUAAUGUCAUCGGUGAUGCGUUUGCCGGCCACAUUAAGAACUGAUGCGGACAAGGAAAAUGCUCCCAGCAGCACGUCGGGAUCGUUAAUCAGACGUUGCGCUUCCAUUGCUGGUUCAUUGGUGCGCACCAUGCAUGGCCAGGACGAUGAUACUGAUGUGCAGAGCAUGAAACGCAAGCGUACCCAAACGUUGGACAACCAAUAUAUAAACCAUUUGUCGUCCAGUCCAGCUAGAUCAUCGAAGCGUGUGCGCAUCCAACCAAGAAAACCUAUUGAACGCAUGCGUACCAAUUAUUAAUGUAUUUUAAUUUAUUUUGUUUUUUAUUCUGUGAACAUGUAUCUUGUAUUUUAAUAACAUUUCGUUUUGUGAAGCGGGCUAUCAAAGCCACAUACAAUCAAAGCAAAGAUGUCAAUGGUGCACAAUAAAUUCAUUCUUU